CCCCUGCCCCUCUCCUUCCUCCUCCUAUUCCCUGCCUCUUCUCCCGGCCACCUCCCUCCUGCGUGUCACCCUCCCCCUCCUCCCCGCCUCCUGACUUGUGGCCCUCGAGACAGGCGGGCGUCUCCCCUUGACCCCUCCCUCCCCCCCCCCACUGCCUUCUCCUCCUCCUACACGCAUCAUGUCGGCCAACUUCAGCGCCUUCUUCGAGUUCCCCACCCGGGCUGGAGCCGGCGCGCCGCAGGAGGUCAUUGUCUUCCCGCUGGCCGACUUGACCAACGACGCGAGCGAGCUGGUGGAGAUCCUGCGCGAGGAGUGCCCACCGCUGGGCAUCUGGCGCCGCCUGGCUCUGGAAUUCUGCCGUCGCGGCUUGUCCUCGGCCGCGCAAACGGUCCUGGAGAAUGCCUGCGAGUCGCAGUCCUUCAAGAAGUAUGUCUUCAACCGCCACGACCCGGCCUCCUAUCAGUAUAGCAGCACCUCCAGCGAUCCGGAGACGACGCACAUCUUUUCGGACACGCGCAAUGAGCACGUCCUCUCGUUGGUGUCCCUGGGCGCCUCGCUGCUGGCCUCGGCCUCGUCCACCCAUGACCCAGCUGAGAAGACCCGCUUGCUGCAGAAGGCCACCAAGACCUUUGAGCAGGCUGAAUCCACCGAUCCCAACCACAUCAUCAGCCGGAUUGCACAGGGUGUCGGGCUGCUGAUCGGCGAGAAUAUCGCCCAGGCGGCGGACAAGUUCCUCCCGAUAUUGGAGGAGUCGCCGAGCAACAUCCCGGCCAUGCUCGGCAUGGCGGCGGUGCUCUUCUGGCGCCGGCACUUCGUCGAGGCGCUGGAGCUCUUCCGCCGGGCGUUGAUCCUGCUGCCGCCGCCGCCAUCGACCGAGGAGCUGCUCCAAGCGCAAUUGGCCCGGCGCGCCAGCGGCGCCGGUUCCAACCCGGACGUCGCCUCGGAGGAGGAUCUGGCCGCCGAUGUGGCGCGCAUGUCGGCCUUCCUGCAUGCGCCGCUCAAUGGCGCGCGCUUGGGAAUCGGCCUGUGCCAGUUUGCGCUGGGCCGGCUGGACAUCGCCCGGGCGGCCUUCCGCCGCGUGCUGGCCACCGACCCCGGGCAUGUGGAGGCCAUGGCCUGCCUCGGCUUGUUGGACUUGCAUACCAACACCGCGGACAGCGUGCAGCAGGGGAUUGCCCGGCUGGCGGAGCUCUUCCGCCGGCAGCCGCACCAUGUGGUGCCGCUGACGCAGCUGGCCAUGAGCCACCUGUAUCGCGGGGAUGUGGACACGGCCGAGCGCCUGGCCCUGCAUGCGUAUCAUGGCGCGGCGGCGGCCCCGGCGCGGGCCAGCGCCGCCCUGGCCCUGGCCCGGGUGACGCACCAUCGGGAACUCAACUCGCCGGCCCCCCUGCAAAGCAUCACCUUCAAGGCGUUGGAGUAUUACACCGAGGCGGCCCGCUUGGAUCCCACCCUGGCCGAGGCGCACUUUGGCCAGGCCCAGCUGCGUAUGCUGUCGGCCGAAGUGUCCCUGGCCCGGGGCGAGACCAAUGCCAGUGCCGUGUCGCUGAGUCACCAGCUGCGGGCGCUGCAGUCGGCCAGCGAGGCCCUGCGCCUGGCGCCCGGUGAUCUGGACACCAUUCGCCUGUUGGGUGUGCUGCAUGCGCGUGUGUCGGUGGCCCUGUUGACGGUCAACCGGGCGGUGUUGCCCUCGCUGACCAUCCAGCCGAGCAGCUCCCCCUCGGAGUACCGCCUGGCGGCGCAGCGUCUGCUCGGGGAGUCGCUGCAGCAGCGCCCGCAGGAUGCCGCGGCCUUGGCCGAGUGGGCGGCCCUGCAGCAGGCACACGGGCGCCUGCUCAGCGCUCGGGCCGGGCUCGUGCGUGUGGCCCAGAUUUGGGCCCUCACCGUGGGCGCGGAUGGACAGCUGCCGCACACAUGCGCCCUGGCCAGCUCCGGCCCCGGGGGGGUCCCGGAUGUGGCCAGCCUCUCGGAGUCCGAGUGCUUGGCCAUGUUGCAGUGCGAGGCCGGGGCCGUGGAGCCGAUUUCGGCCGAGGCCCUGGAGCAGGCCCUCAAGGGGAUGGGCCUGACCGCGCGCGAGGCGGUGCUCCUGCCGGCCGAGCUGCUGACCAACAUCGCGGUGUUGGAUCACCAGCGUUUGUGUGAUGUGGUGCUGGCCGGGUCCGGGUCGUCGGGCAUUUCGGUGCCCGGCCUGGCGGACCCGGUGGCCGUGGUGGCCGCCGACCCGGCCGCCUGUCGGGCUCUGUAUGCGGCUUGCUUGGCGCGGUUCCGGCUGCUGGCCUCGUCCGACGGCCAGGCAGCCGGCCGGGCCCAGCUGGCGGCCUCCCAUCGGGCCCCCACCUUCGCCCCGGGAUGUGCUCUUCCCCCGGUGUGCAGCACCUUCUCCGUGGGGGCCGACUUGAGCCCGUGCCCGAAUCCGCGCGCCGCGUGGCAGCCAUCGGAGGUGAGCCUGCGUGCGCGGCGUCUCAUGCGCACGCUGGUGUACAACCUGGCGCGCUUUGAUGAGGAUGUCCUCGGGGAUGUGGCCCGCGCGGAGGCGGCUCUCGAGGCGUUGGCGGCCGGGCCGCUGGCCGGGGCCACCGGGGCCGGGGCCACCCGGUCGCCGGGACUGGCACCGGACGUCCAGCAGGCCUUCGCCGCUCUCGGGGCCGAGCUCCAGCAGGAUGGGGCAUACAUUGAUGCGCACUUGCGCCUGGCGCUGAUGGCCCUGCGUCGUCAGAGCCCGCGCCCGCAUGAUGCCAUCCGCCGGCUGCGCGUGGUCUUGAACAUCGAGCGUAGCCAUCCGAUUGCCUUUGCCCUGCUGGCCCAGGCGUACCAGAUCAACCUGUCGCAGGCGCUGCAGGGGCUGGCCAAUUCCGGGCCCAGUGGGGCCAGCACGCGCACGGUGGACGAGCCAUUGCAGCAGCUGACCCGGGCCCUGGAGGAAAUCAUGCGCAAGCAGCCGGACGAUCCCUUUGCCCUGGUGAUGUUCGGCCUGACCUACCACAAGCUGUCGAAGUUCCCGUUCAAGCAGCCGACCGAGGCCCCGGGAGCCGGUGGCGCUGGGGGUUCAGGCCCGGCUUCGGCCCCGGCCCCCGGCACGCUGGCCGAGAUCCAGGCCCAGGCGGCCGGCCGGGGGGUGACCCCCACGCAGGUGGUCCAGGCCCGGGCGCUGGACUACUUCAACCGGGCCCUUGGCUGUGACCCGCAGAAUGUGUACGCUGCCUUGGGCAUCGCCGUGGUCCUGGCCGAGAAGGGGUACCUGGCCCAGGCGCGGGACAUCCUGAUCAAGAUCUUCGAGGUGAACAAGCGCAUUCCCGAGGUGUACAUCAAUCUGGCGCAUCUGUAUGUGGAAUUCCAGCAGUACGAGCACGCGGUGGGGCUAUAUGGCCGGGCAUUGAGCCACUUCCACGGGGUGACCGGGCGCAAGUUGCUCAAUGAGGCGGACGCGCGGCCGGAGUUCCUGGCCCGGCACUUUGCCCCGGCCAUCAGCCACCUGCCCUCGCACUCGCCGGUGCUUUCGAUCAGCCGGCAGUUUGCCCUGUUGUCGUACAUCGCGCGGGCGCACUUCCUCCAGGGGAAGGAGGCCUCGCGGACCGAUGCCCUGGAGAAUGCGGAAAAGUUCCUGUCACUGGCCCUGCGCUUGCGGCCCUGGGACCAGGCGACUCGCUUCAACCUGGCCCUGACACAGCGCAUCCAUGCGAACUGCGUGCUGGAUCACCCGAUCGAGGAGCGCACGGUGCAGGACAUCGAGCGGGCCCGGGUUCGCAUCCAAUCGGCUUGCGCUACCUUCACGGCGAUCGCCGCGGCGGUCGGGCACUCGCGCAAUCGCCAGGAGCUCGGCAUGGCCUCGGAGCAUGCCAAAUACUGCAGUGGCACUCUCAUGAAGAAGGUGGAGUCCAGCAUGGAAAGCCAGCUGGAGUCCGAGCGUGACAUGGCCAAGAUGAAGCGCGAGCUGGUGGCGGCCGAGGAGCAUGCACGCCAGAGUGCGGCGGCGGCGGCAUCGGCGGCGGCGGCCAAGGCCGCGGCCGAGGAGGCCGCGCGCCAGGAAACCCGAGCCAUGAUGCAGACCGCCGUCAAGAGCCUCGGCCUGGCAGACCUGUACAAUCCGCAAUCGUCGCGUGGCGACGGCAAGGACGCCGGCGGGUCCGAUGAUGAGGGCGGCACCGGGGGCCGGGGUGGCGGGCGGCGCCGCAAGCGCCGGACCGCCUCGCCAGCCGGGCGGAAGCGCGCGCGCGGCGACAAGUCCGGUCGCCGCGGGGACAAGUCCUCCUCCUCCGCCGAGCAGGACGAUGCCUUCCUGGCCAGCAGCUCGGACUCGGAGGAUGAGGAUUUCCUCGGGGGCGGCCUGUCGAGCGCCGAUUCGGACGUCGAUUCCGAGGAGUCGGACAGCGGGAGUCGGUCGCGCCGUGGUGGGUCGUCUCGCGGCCGGGGGUCCUCGCGUCGUGGGGGCUCACGCCGCGGCCGGGCCGACUCCUCCGACGAGGACAUCGACCUGGAUGGCGACCUGGAUGACAGCGAGGAUGGCCGGGAUUACCGGUCGGGGUCCGGGCGCCGGGGCGCCAAGGCCGGCGGGCGCCGCCGAGCGGCCUCGCCGGACGGCGAGUCCUCUUCGCGGCGGACCUCACGCGGUCGCCGUUCCGGUGGCCGGCUUUCCGCCCUGACCGACAGCCUGUCGGACUUCGAUGAGGACACCGGCGACAGUGCCUUCGACUUGAGCCCGGGUGCCGGGACUCCGCCUGGCAGCGAUGGCGAGCCGUCGGGCCGGCGGCGCUCGUCGCGCGUCGCGCGCGGUGCCGCGGAUCGCUCGUCCGGGCGCUCCUCCCGCAGCAGCCGGGGGUCCAGCCGCCGGAGCCAAAUCCUAGAUGAGGCGGUGAACUACAGCAUCGGGCAUUCGGAUGAGUUCGACGAUGUGGACGGUGCCGAUGACCGCCUCGGGGUGAAUGCGUCCUCGAUUGCGCGCGAGGUGGCCGAAGCUCGGAGUCUGAACUACGAUCUGAGCGAUGUCGAGGAGGAUUGAGAGCGUCUCGCGGCCGAGGCGCGCGCGCGCGCACGUGUGCACGCGUAUGCGCGCCCUGAAGUCCCUCGCUCAUGUGGACUGGCCGCACACGCGCACACGCGCACACGCGCACAUGCACGUCCACAUACACGAGCGCGAUCAUCCUCUCCCUAAUGUUUUCUCUUCCCCCCCCCCCC